AAAAAAAUAAGAAAUCAAUCUCUUAAAACACAAUGAAGAACCAAUAUUGGAUCAUACACUAAUUUAUUUUAAUAUCUUUUUAUUUGUAUAAAUUUCAAAAUAAAACCUAAAAUCAGCUGUUAAUGGAUAUAGCAUAAAGUAUAAUCCUGAUUGGUGAAGUGUGAGAGAGGGAGCAGCAUAAGGCAGUUAGGCACUCUUGCAGCGGAUCUCAGCUCGAACGAAACGAAACCUUGGUUCCUUUCUCUCUGUCCUCACUCGAGUGCGCGUCUAUGCCAAAGAGAGUGAGUGAGUAGGGUUUCAAAUUCCAAUCGGAAGAAAUCGGAAUCGGAAAAAAUGGGAGGUGGCGGCGGCGAUCACGGCCAUGGACACGGACACGGUGAUUUCAGGAACAAGGUCUGGAGUAUGAGCGGUGGCCCUUACUGUCGCCCAAAGCACUGGAAGCGCAACACCGCCAUUGCCAUGUUCGGCGUUGUCCUCAUCUGCAUCCCCAUCGCUAUGAAAUCCGCUGAACUCGAGCAACGACCACAUCACCCUGUUCGCCCCAUCCCUUCUCAACUCUGGUGCAAGAACUUUGGAACUAAAGACUAUAAUGAUAAUGAUCCAUGAUUCAUCAAUUGCAUCACUGGUGUUCACAUCAUGUCAAGCAACAUUUAUUUGUUAAAUGCUGAGAAUAUGAACAGCUUUAAAGAGUUGCUGUUGUUGAUGUUAUGCAAGACUUGGAUCUAGGAUCAUCAUGUAGUGACAUACUUUUGUUUUCUUGCCUUUUUGGCAAUGGACAUCCAUUUUAGAAACGAUGAAAUUAAAUAAGUGCUUAUUUCUGAUUUUUUUUUAUUUAUUUGCGAGCUUGUUGAAACCGAAAUUACUGGUUACUAUAAUAAUGGUAAUUGUGCUUUUUAUCAGUUUAUCUA